AUGAGGUCCUGGAUGAAGAACGGUCAGGCCGGCGUGAACCAGCUGGGCGGCGUGUUCGUGAACGGUCGGCCGCUGCCCGAGUACGUGCGCCGGCGGAUCGUCGAGCUGGCGCUGCUCGGCGUGCGGCCGUGCGACAUCUCGCGCCAGCUGCUGGUCUCGCACGGCUGCGUCUCCAAGAUCCUGACGCGCUUCUACGAGACGGGCAGCAUCAAGCCGGGCGCCAUCGGCGGCAGCAAGGCCAAGCAAGUGGCGACGCCGACAGUGGUGAAGAAGAUCCUGCGGAUGAAGCAGGAGAACCCGGGCGUGUUCGCCUGGGAGAUCCGGGACCAGCUGCUCAGCCAGCGGGUCUGCAACCCCAGCAGCAUCCCGUCCGUCUCCAGCAUCAACCGGAUCCUGAGGAACAGCGGCGUGUGGACCCCCGGCUCCGGACCGGACGCGACGGAGCCCGGACUGGUCGGCCCUGGUGAAAUCCACUGA